GCCUGCGAGGUGGCUCAAGGAUUACAGCUGGCUCUGUGCUCAGAGAUCAUGCCUAGUGGGGCUCAGCUCACUGCGGAAGUUCCUCUUCUUACCCUGCACCCAGAGACUAGCCGGAGAGACUAGAACAGAAGGCACCAUGAGUGGGGUCCCCGUGGGAAGUCGGCCUGGGGGCCGCGGAGGACCAGGUGUUCAGCAGAACAUUCCUUCCACCCUCCUCCAGGACCACGAGAAUCAGCGAAUCUUUGAGAUGCUUGGACGGAAAUGCUGGACAUUGGCCACGGCAGUUGUUCAGCUGUACCUGGCGCUGCCCCCUGGAGCCGACCACUGGACCAAGGAGCAUUGUGGGGCUGUGUGUUUUGUGAAGGAUAACCCCCAGAAAUCCUACUUCAUCCGUCUUUACGGACUUCAGGCUGGUCGACUGCUCUGGCAACAGGAGCUGUAUUCCCAGCUGAUCUACUCUACCCCGACCCCCUUCUUCCACACCUUCGCUGGGGAUGACUGCCAAGCAGGGCUGAACUUUGCAGACGAAGGAGAGGCUCAGGCCUUCCAGGCCCUGGUGCAGGAGAAGAUCCAAAAAAGGAAUCAGAGGCAAAGUGGAGACAGACGCCAGCUCCCACCACCACCAGCACCAGCCACUGAAGAGAGAAGAGGAGGGCUCCCACCCCUGCCCCCGCACCCAGGAGGAGGCCAAGGGGGCCCACCAGCUGGCCCAGUGGCACUGGGGCUAGUGACAGUAGAUAUCCAAAAUCCAGACAUCACAAGUUCACGGUACCGUGGGCUCCCAGCACCUGGGCCUGGACCCUCUGAUAAGAAACGCUCUGGGAAGAAGAAGAUCAGCAAGGCUGAUAUUGGUGCACCCAGUGGAUUCAAACAUGUCAGCCACGUAGGGUGGGAUCCCCAGAAUGGAUUUGAUGUGAAUAAUCUGGACCCAGAUCUGCGGAGCCUGUUCUCCAGGGCAGGAAUUAGUGAGGCCCAGCUCACUGAUGCAGAAACCUCCAAACUGAUUUAUGACUUCAUUGAGGACCAGGGUGGGCUGGAGGCAGUGCGGCAGGAGAUGAGACGCCAUGAUCCACUCCCACCACCCCCACCACCAUCCCGAGGAGGGAACCAGCCCCCACGCCCCCCUACUAUGGGAACUAACAAGGGUCGUUCUGGUCCACUGCCCCCUGUUCCGUCAGGAGGGGCCCCACCACCACCAACACCCCGGGCACCCCCACCCCUGGGCCGAGGAGGCCCUCCACCUCCACCUCCUCCAUCCACUGGACGUUCUGUACCCCCGCCCCCUCCCCCCUCUAUGACUGGGAGUUCGCCACCACCUCCACCACCUCCACCACCACCUUGCCUUGGGGAUGGACCUAUCCCUCCACCACCUCCUCCCACUCUGGGGUCCAUGGGGUGCCUGGCUCCUAGUGGGGGCCGGGGGGCCCUUUUGGAUCAAAUCCGGCAAGGAAUUCAGCUGAACAAGACUCCUGGUGCCCCAGAGAAUUCAGCACUGGCGCCCCCACCUCAGAGCUCUGAGGGACUAGUGGGGGCACUGAUGCAUGUGAUGCAAAAGAGAAGCAAAGCCAUUCACUCUUCGGAUGAAGGAGAGGACCAGGCCGGUGAUGACGAUGAUGAUGAUGAAUGGGAUGACUGAGUCACCCUCCCCAGCUUUUUCCUGCACUCACUGCCCUGAACACCCCCACUCAUGUCCGGCAGCUGUUUCUAGUUGCCCUUCGUUCUUGCUUCUAGGAUCCCUAGUCCUAUUCUUUCCCAUCAACCCCUCCAAUGCUAUUCUCUGCUAGCUUCCUCCACCCCUCGCAGCAGUACUUGGCCCCCCUUUUCCAUGAAAUUUCUCAGGAAUUUUUAGGAUUUCUCAAGGAUUUUUAAUGGGUGGGAGAGGGAUUUAGGCCAUACCCGACAGUGCUCUGGGCUUAUUCCUAGCUCUGUGCUCAGGAGUGACUCCUGGUGGUGCUCAUGGGAAUAUAUGUGGUGCCAGUGAUUGUAAUGGUGUGGACCACAUGUAAGACAAGGUCUUAAUCCCUGUACUAUCUAUCUCUCUGGCCUCAAGGAUUUUUAAACAAAAAUA